AUGAUUUUUGCUAUAUUAUCAUUGUGUACGGAAAUUCCAUGUGGUUUGCCACCAUUUGUGGAUCAAAUGCCGAAGAAACAACGUGAAGAACUCAAAGAAGUUUGGAAGAAUUAUCAGCUGGGAAAAAACUGUGGUAUGGAGCAAGCAAAAACGUUUGAAAUUGUUGGUAAACUGAGUGCUGAAGACAAAAUUCGCAUAUUCGGUGCACCACCAAACAAUGCUAUUCCUCCUCCAGUUCUAUUUCCGGAAGUAACACUUCCGGUUAUCCCGUUAUUUAUACGAACAAGUUCACCAAAAACGAAAGAAAUAUUCGACUCAAUUCUCACCAAUGAUACAAUGGAAGAAACUGAGAAAUUUGCGGCAAUGGAAAAAUUUGCUGUUGAAGUGCUGACACCUGCACAGCUAGCCGAUUUUAAAAUUUGGAUAGGUGGUUUAAAAGCGCAAAAAGCGAAAAUUGAUGCGCAAAUUGAUGCCCUCUCUGAUGGUGCUAGCGAAAUUCUUAAACAGAUUACCGAGUUAAGGUUAAGGGAAAAACGAAUAUUACAGACAAUAACUCCUGAAAUUGCUGCAGAAUUGUCUGGACUUCUCUAA